CAGGCUCCUCUCCCUACGCAGCACUUAGAGCAUUUUCGGCCAAUGACGGGCAUGUCCCUCCAAACGACUCCGGGGAGCCUUCGCCGGUGGCUGUCGACGCGAACUUGGAUGGCGACAUCUCGGGUAGUCAACAGUGUGAUCCAGUACGUCUGGUUCUCAAUCUUCUCGGGCUAGGCUGCCGCCUUCAUGUACCGUUCUGCAAAUGACCAAUUCCUCAAGCCCAGAUAAGCGCAUCAGAUCGUCAUGUUGCAUGCUACAAGAUGAUGGGGCGGCGAGCAGAUGCACAAGCUUUGAUGGAGGGACCGCUGUUGUUUGAGGGGUGGCCCCAAACCUUUCCUUUCCGCAGAGGAGCGCUCUUCUCGUGUCCCGCUAUUCUUCUCAUUAUUACGUGGCACCAUUAGAUCAGAUCCGUUGGGUCUCUUGGUUGCAAUGCCCCGAAGCACGGUUCUAAUACUUGCGGUGCUUUCCGCGUUUGCCAACGCCAUACCCCAGUCUCACAGGCCGCGCUCGUUGCUCUCGUCGAGACAGGCGAACGGAGUCCCCGAUAACUCGGUGUUCUUGAGAAGAGCACACCACGCCUCUGCUGUGCUGAACGGCCGCGUGUACAUUGACGGGGGAGAGUUCUCCUAUCAGGACAAAGAUGGCGUUGCCUACGAGUACUGUACGACCGGCUCCUCCUUGGCGUCCGUCUAGGGCUGAAUUACUGACAUA